GAAACACAAACCCUGAGUAGUCUUCUACCGUCUUCUAUGGCCUUUACUCGCAAUGCAACAUUUUCUUGCUCUUCAAGACAGCAUUUCCCCCAAUAAACCCCUCUAAAACCCUCUCUCAUAUUUUCCCAAAAAACCCAAGAUUAGAUUUAGUAAUGGCGAGGACAUAUGCACUAGGGCUCAUCACAGCCGCAGCUGCCUCCGCCUCCUUGUCAAACCCCAAGACUGCUUAUGCCGACGGCCCUUUCGGCUUCUCCCCCUUCUCUUCUCCCAAGGCUCCCCAAUUUCCUUCUCCCGUUCAAUCGCCGCCGUCCGAUUCUCCGGCGGCUGCUGCUGAGGCUCCUCCUCCUCCUCCGCCCCCGAAGCCUCGCAAUGAUUACCCGAGGACCACUUCGGCCGGGUUCGAUCCCGACCCGCUGGAGCGCGGUGCCAAGUAUGCCAAAGAUAUCAGCAACUCUAAGGACGCCAAAAAGAUAUUUGAAGUUCUGAAGAAGCAAGAAGAGACGAGGCAGGUUGAGUUGUCUGCAAAGGAGGCAGAGUUCAAGGCCAUGCAAGCUCAAGCUGAAACUGAGAGGCAAAGGGUCAUCUAUGAUGAGCAAAAGAAACUAGCUCAGCAUCAAGCGCAAACAAAAUCUCAGAUGGCUCGCUAUGAAGAUGAGUUGAAAAGGAAGAGGAUGCAGGCAGAGAAUGAAUACCACAGAGAUAGGAAUAGAGAGCUUGUAAAAAUGCAAGAAGAAUCAUCUAUCAGACAGGAGCAAGCUCGACGGGCGGCAGAAGAACAAAUCCAAGCACAACGUCGUCAGACAGAGCGGGAAAAGGCUGAGAUAGAACGUGAAACAAUAAGAGUGAGGGCAUUUGCAGAAGCAGAAGGGAGAGCACAUGAAGCAAAACUAGCUGAAGAGGUUAACAGGCGAAUACUAGUAGACCGGGCAAAUGCGGAGAGAGAGAAAUGGGUUGCUGCCAUAAAUACAACUUUUGAUCAUAUUGGAGGGGGACUGAAAGCCAUUCUGACGGAUCAGAAUAAAUUAGUUGUUGCUGUUGGGGGAGUGACAGCACUAGCUGCAGGCGUUUAUACAACAAGAGAAGGUGCAAAGGUGAUAUGGAGCUAUGUGGACAGAAUAUUGGGACAACCAUCCCUUAUCAGAGAGUCUUCUAAAGGGAAAUACCCUUGGUCAGGGUUAUUUUCACGUUCCCCAUCUACGAAGAAUGGGAAACCCUUUGGUGAUGUUGUUUUACACCCAUCUCUUCAGAAAAGAAUAGAACAUUUAGCUGGUGCAACUGCAAAUACAAAAUCUCAUCAGGCACCCUUCAGAAACAUGCUCUUCUAUGGUCCUCCCGGAACAGGGAAAACAAUGGCUGCUAGAGAGAUGGCUCGUAAAUCUGGAUUGGAUUACGCACUGAUGACAGGAGGGGAUGUUGCUCCACUCGGACCGCAGGCUGUUACCAAGAUACACGAGUUAUUUGAUUGGGCCAAAAAGUCACGGAGGGGUUUGUUGCUUUUCAUUGAUGAAGCUGACGCAUUUUUGUGCGAGCGGAACAAAACCUACAUGAGUGAAGCUCAAAGAAGUGCACUCAAUGCUCUUCUAUUCCGCACUGGUGACCAGUCCAAGGACAUAGUCCUUGCCCUCGCCACAAACCGUCCCGGUGAUCUUGAUUCAGCUGUGUCUGAUCGUAUUGAUGAAGUGCUUGAAUUCCCCUUGCCUGGGGAAGAUGAACGCUUUAAGCUGCUAAAGUUGUAUCUGGACAAGUACAUUGUUAAUGCUGACUCGGGAAAACCUGGACGGUUCCGGAACUUGUUCAAAAGACAACAGCAGAAGAUAGAAAUGAAAGGUUUGACGGAUGAUAUGCUGAGAGAAGCAGCGGCUAAGACUGACGGAUUUUCUGGGAGAGAAAUUGCAAAAAUGAUGGCAAGUGUCCAGGCUGCUGUUUAUGGGAGUGAGAAUUGUGUGCUUGACCCAACCCUAUUUCGUGAAGUUGUAGACUACAAGGUCGCUGAGCAUCAACAGAGAAGAAAAUUGGCAGCUGGAGAGAAAAUUUAAUGCUAAUGGUGUCCAUUAAAUUGAGUUCUACCAUUAAUUAUCGGGCAGUUUGUUUUCAUGUGGUUAGAGCUAGAGAAAUGCCGACUGACAUCCACUAAACGUGCCCGUGUUUUUUAAUUUUGCGAUGAGCGCAUGAGUUUUAUUCAUCA